AGGCUCGUUGCAUCGUUGGGCCAGUGACUUUCUACGCGUGAAUGACGGAAGGUUAGAGGCGGUCGGUCAGCAGUUGCAGCAGCUUCGUAGCUUCGUCCGAAAUCUGCGGUCGGAGCGAUAAGCCCCCCCUCUCUGGCUGUCGCUUAUCAAGACAGCUUGAUAAAGGUGCGCUAGGCAGGCUGCGAAACAGGCCGUUCACCCCUGCUGAAAGAAAAGUAACACAGACGAGGUAACUACUACAACAGGUAGAAUCUCCACACCCACCACAUUGCACUGAACCACCCCACCUCCACAAAAAUGAGUAGGAACGAAGCACUGAGGUACCGCAUGGAUUCAGUUGGGAGCAGUGGUGACGAGGCGGACGGGGGAGUCACCACGAUGGCCGACUACAUCAGGGGCAAGAAGACGUACACCAAGUGGGACGCAGACACCGACAACGUGGACAUGGACCUGUCACCCGAGGCACCACACGUCCAAGUGGCCACCAGCCCCGGGUGGUUCUCGGGAACCAAGGGGAGGGUUCUUCGUGUGCUGAUAGUGGGAGUCAUCUUCCUGGUGGGGCUCAUGUGUGGUUAUGUGGCACGCAAGAGCAUGCGUGAUUUGGGUCAGCCACCACAGUCGGCCUGCCCCAUGCCCAGGGGCAUCUAUUCCUUCAAGGAACGCUUUGCAGAGCAGCUACUCACUGGCGUCGACAAGAAAAACCUCGACAGCUGGCUACGGGUAAUGAGCGUGCACUACCACAUGGCCGGAACAGAGAGGGGACAACAGCUGGCCAUGCGGAUUGAACAGGCCUGGAAGGGAUACGGCGUGGACAACACGCGCACCGAGGUCUUCAAGCCUCUGCUGUCCUUCCCAGACAAGGAACACCCAAAUGAGGUGCGAAUAAUGAACGGAAACAACAUACUGUUCAACACCUCUGAGACUGGGCCUGAGGCGGCCAUGGCGGUGAAGCCAUUUUCAGCCUAUUCACCUUCGGGAACUGUCAGAGGCAAGCCCGUGUACGCGCACUAUGGAACCGAAGCCGACUUUGCCCUUCUCAGAAGCAAGAACAUUGUCCUCAACAACACCAUCGCGAUCAUAAGAUAUGGAAAGAUACACCGCGGUUACAAGGUGAAACUGGCCGAAGAGAACGGUGUAGCAGGUGUCCUGCUCUACAGUGACCCUUUUGACAGUCCCACUGACCGGUCAAACCCGUCAGGAGGAAUGCGACUGCAAGGGGACGGCGUGGAGCGUGGGAACCUCAAGAGCUACCCUGGCGACCCCGGAACCCCGUACCUUCCAGCCACGGAUGAUGUCUACAUGCCCCCAAGGAGUGACCGCAAGUCUCUAGACCUUCCCUCAAUUCCUGUGCAGCCGGUCAGCUACAACGAUGCCCGCCAGUUGCUCAACAACAUGUCUGGCAGCAUGGCUCCGGUCGAAUGGCAGGGAAGGUUGAACAUCACGUACAACUUGGGCCCUGGCUACAGCACUGGAGAUAACGUUGAAGUGGAGUUGGCGGUGCACAACAUCUUACAGCGCUCCAACAUCCAAAACGUCAUUGGUGUCAUGAUGGGAAACUUCGAGCCAGGCAGAUACAUUAUUGUGGGCUGCCACCACGAUUCAUGGACCAAAGGUGCGGGUGACCCUGGCACAGGGAUGGCCGCCCUCAUGGAACUUGUGCGACUGUUUGGGAGCCUUAGAAAGAACGGUUGGACUCCUGGACGAACACUUGUGUUUGCCAGUUGGGAUGCUGAAGAGUUUGGCAUGGUGGGCUCCAACGAGUGGGUGCAGGCACACGAGCAGGAGCUCUAUCAUCGUACAGUGGCGUACAUCAACCUCGACCAAGCAGUCUCUGGAAACAGCUCUCUGUACGCACUGGCCAGCCCUCUGUUGCGUCAAGCGCUGAAGGAAGCCGCAGAGCUGGUGCCCUGCCACGAAGGCGCACACACCGAGAUGAGCGUAUACGACAUGUGGCGGAUGCGCAAGCCCCGUGUGCCCAACAACUCGCAUGCACCACCUCUCAUAAUGCCCCCUGCAUCAGGCUCGGAUUUCGCUUCCUUCCUGCUGAGCCUCGGAGUGGCUUCUGCACACCUGCAGUUUGUGGGAAAAGAUCCGGCAUCGGACUACCCACCUUACCACACGGCGUACGACACGUACGAAAUGGUCGUGAACCAGACCGAUCCGGGCCUGCGCUCUCUGGCCAGCCUGGUGCGGGUGGUUGGCGUGCUCCUGCUGAAACUGGUGGACUCGCUUCAGCUGCCCAUGCACGCGGCUGACUACGCCGAGCAGAUACGCCUCGACUACGUUGUCUUUGAGAAGACCUACAGCUCACUGCUCAAGGAUCACAACAUCGACCUCGAGCCACUUUCCAAGUCCUUGAUCCAGUUCGAGCAGGCAGCGCUGAACUUCCACGACAACUACGAGGAGAUGAACAAGAACAACUUGCUACUGGCUCUUCAAGAGUACAAUGAUCGGCUGAUGCAGCUGGAGAGGGCGUUCCUUUUGCCCGCGGCGUAUCCACAUCACCCGCACUACAGGCAUGUCAUCUAUGGGCCGGACGUGGACAGCGGUUACCGCAGCGUGCUGUUCCCGCACCUGACGGCGGCCAUCUCCAACGCCCGUCAGGACAACCACUCCCCAAGCUGGAACCGCGUGCGCGAGUGCCUCUCCUAUGUCGUGAACGCCCUCCGAUCGGCCACCAACGUUCUCAGCAGCGCCGUUGUCAGCUGGCACACUGCUGAGCUCUAAACGGAUGCAGCGACGGUGCCCGGUGCAAUCCCAAUUGUUCACUAUACUGUCCAUUUCAUCCCUCCCGGUGAUUGCUGCUCUCCAUCCAAGCACACUUUAACAUCACGUGUAUAUUACAGCUUAAGUUAUCGUGCACGAACUGACCUGUAUUGCAAGGCUGUUCACGUUAUGAACCAAAGUUAUAGUUCUCAGAUUCCUUACGUUCCUUGCGCUGACUACGUUUCUUGCAUUGCAGAUUGGUGGUUGAGAAUUAUCAUUAACUUGUGUAUAGGACUAAAAGGUAUCUCUUAAGUUUGAUUUGUAUAGCAUUUAAAGAUAUGUUGCCUUACUAUUUACUUGUGCGGUGGCGUAAGAGAUUGCAGAAAAUAUGUUGCUGCAAACGAUAUUAGACAUGGCCCGUUUGAAGCUUUGUGCUGCAAACGGCUGGAUGAGAAUACUUCCAUUUCAUCCCACAUGCAUUGUAGCAGAUUCAGUUACACGCUGCUACAGUUUCCUAACCUUUUAAGGUUAUUAAUUCAUGCUCAGAGUAUAGUCAUUGCACUAGCUGAAGUGUCAUUUUCUUUUUUUAAUUAAGUGUUAAUUAAUUGCACCAUGUUUUAUCCAGUCAUCCUUUUGGCCGGCUUUGUUGUUCAAUGCCAUCAUAAGAGCAGGAGUACUGUCUAACAUGCCAAAGUUGUAAUUUAUUUGCUGCUCGCAUUUUAAAAUUUUGCCGGCACCCGAGUCACAUGUGUUGCACAUUGCAUAAAUUCUGAGCCAUUCCUGUACUUAAGGGAUUCUAAAGGGCAGCUAUGAUGUAGUUUAAACCUGUAUAUUAUUAUUAUAGAGCAUUGUUUUAAUUUGUUUCGUGGGAAGGAGUUUAUUACUGGUAGAAAAAAAAAUGGAAGACUAGACUUGCUUCUGUCGAGUUUCAUGACCACACUAAAAAGCUGGUACAUCACUGCGGCUUCGUGAAUUUCAGGACAUCUUCACAUAAUUGCACAGUUAUCGUGCAAAAAAAGAAAGUUCUCAAAACUUAGUGAGUUGUAUCUUUGGUUCACUUAGAAUGCGACACAACCUUCCUCUAAUGACAGAGCUUACUACAUGUAUAUACUCUGGAGAAUGCACUGUCAAAGUCGUCGACAUUACAGGAAGAUGGUGUGGUAACUCCAAGAUGGUAUGACCGCUUUUAUUCCUUCGCAUCCUUUCGGCUUAUCAAUUUUCAACUCACAAUAUUGAUGACAUUACUCACAUUUUGUUCACAAUCAGUAUUCCUGAUAUUCAGCUGACCCAGCUUAAGGGGAGACGUGGGUCUUGAAAAGUGUAUUUUUAAUAGUUGGGUGAACGGAACGAAAUUUAAUACACUUAUUCAGUUUUUUCUGCAGAUUCCAAAUCUCUGAGUAGAUUUUUAAUAGCUGCAUUGGAACAAAAUAUGUGCUAGUUCUAUAACGUUUUCUAGCACAAUUCUUACGGGGAUUUUUGGCAACUUCUUUUCAUCAAAUACAAAAGCAAGGUAUGCGGCAAGACUGCCAGAAAGCUGUUCUAGCCAAUGAUGCUAUUUAUUUUCUUAUAACGCUGUUUACCAAAAUGAUACUUCUCGAUAAUCAUGAAGUGUAUGAAGCAAAAAUUUUUCACUCAUAUUUGCAUCCGUUUAUUUUGCAUUUGAAGUUCGAUGAAAACAAUCAAAUUAGCAUCAUCGGCUAGACACGCUCUCUGGCAGUCUUGCCACAUAUUUUGUUUUGUCUUUGACAAAGCAAAGUUGCCAAAAAGUAUCGUAAGAAAUAUGCUCUCAGAAAUUGCAUAACGUUUGUACUAAUGCAGAUAAUAAAAAUCUACUUGAAGAUUUGGAAUCUGCAGAAAAAACUGAAUAAGUGUAUUAAAUUUCAUUCAGUUAACCCAACUUAUAAAAAAAUUUUUUUUCAAGACCCACGUUUCCCCUUAACCCAACAUUCCUCUGCAACGUUCCUUUAGGCCUUUCUUUUAUCAUGGUCACUGAUAUGAAAUAACAUCUCAAACACGCCCUUGACUGUUCCUAUCUCAUUAUCCAGCAUAUCAGCUGUGUCAUCCAGCAUGCUGUUAAAGUAUUUGUUUGCUUUUAAUUUGCUCCUGUUCAUUAAAAUGUACCUCUUGAGAUGGAUCACAUUAGUUAGAUUAUGGUUAAAGCAUAACAGACGAGUGAUACACGUGGUCAGCAAUACGGCGACCGAUGUACCUUGCCAUUGGAGCGUGCGGACACAUUCAUGCUCAAGUGCUGCAUGUGGAUGCAAAGUAUAUAUUGCUUUGUGAUUUUUAUUGGUCACUCGCUUGAGCUUACGGUAGUCUAUGCUGACGUCCAGCGAGCUUUCGAUGAAGUUUAAUAUGGGCAAGACAUGGAAAAGCAGCCGCAGUUCUUGCUUUGUUGCAAAAAAAAAAAAGUUUGUCAUUUUAUACGUAACUUCACAAAAAACCGUGUGGUGUCGUUGGUGAGACAUUUUAAUUUGACACAGUUUGGAGUUUUGCAAAUAUUCUUUAAAGUUGGCAAAGCACAUAUUUUCUGUAAACAUUCAAAAGCUCUUCGUUGAAUCAAUUGCAUGAACAUUUACAGCCAUCUGUUUCACCAUCAAUUUUAAGUCACAUUAUUCAUGUUGGCAGCUUGCACACAACAUAUAUUUUUUCACUUACCUGCUUGCAUUCAUCGCUUUUUUUUUAGUUUAGCAUUUUUUUUCUUUAAAUAGUGCUAGUUGCCUGAAGCAGUGUGUAUAUACAUUCACACACACAUAAGAUGGCUCUUUGGGCCUGUUGGUAUGCCAUUAGUGGGCAUAAUGUUUGCACCUUGUGUGUUUCAUCAUUUCUUCUUGUGUUGUGUCCCUUUGUGCAAUGUUAUACCCACUAAUACAUGCAUACCUUACAUACAUAACUGGCUGUGAGGAUCACUCAGGAGCUUGUCUUACACUUCUUUUAUUAUUCGUGACCGUUUAAUCAUGAAUUUUUAGUUACGCGACGUGAUUUACUGAUGCAUGAACGUCACAAAAUGUCUUUAUUAGCUGUCCAGAUUAGAAAGUUGAGAGAUGUGUUCUUCAAAACUGAACUCUUCGAAACUGAAGCAGAGUGAAAGUGAUACACAGGAAGUAAAAAAAAAGUUAGUCAUGGGCAUUAGCACUCCAUACCGGUGAGAACUCAGUUGUAAGAAUUCUUAUGCGGGUGUCGCACGGAGCACUGUUGAUCGUGAUUGAGCCUGAUCGCAAUUGAGUUUCUUUAUCACGAUUGGCUUAGUUGCUUGAGAUGCAGGAGGCAGCCAUUCGUGGUGAGGAAAUUUUACCUCAGUCGUGACCAAAGGGGCCCGUACAACAUUUGUAUCAUAUUAAUUACUUCAUGUGCCACCAUGAGUUAAUUUACCACUUAACCAAUGCAUAUUUCUACGAUUCAUCUUGCAAGUAAAAGGAAGCGAUACAUGUUUUGAAUCGCUGUGAUGCCAAAGGUUAUAGAAUGGGCAAUAAUUUGAUGAAAGAAAGUCGACUAUGUUUUGAGUGUUACUUUGGUUCACUUAAUUAAGGAAACCGAAGGGUAAAUGGGAUGCAUGCUUCCGUAUGCAUUCGGCCUUGUGCAUCUCCUAUUUUUUUGCCAUGCUGUGUUAUGGUAAGGUUUAUUUUUUUUUUUCUUCUCAUAACCAAGCGUGGUCUGGAGGUUCUUAAAGAACCUUUGCCUUAGUUUGCAAAGUAGCGUAGGCAUAUGCAAACUACGUUUUGAAUUUGUGAGUGAUGUUACGACGUGCACUCUGGAGGCACACAACACACUUAUGUCUUCAGAAACUUUUCACUGGACCUGGUGGUGUGUCCUGGUUACAUAAUGAACAUUGGCACAGACGGGCAGCCACAAUUGACCUUCUAGUAUGCCUUACAACAGUGUGGACAACUGUUAGAGUCGACACGCACAGGCAUAAGUCAUGAAGAAAUUUUCUUCUAUGACAAGUCUGGAAGCUGUUGCAGCUAACGGCUUGUGGCAGGCAGAUGGUGCUGUGUUUUGUUAAACCUGUCAAUCAGUAGCAUCAAGGCUAUUUCUGCCAGCUACCCAAGGCUAGAGAGGCCGUCGAUAUCUGAGUGAAACAUUUUUGUGUUCUCCCUAAUAGUUGGCCUCACCGUACAACCAGAAAAUGCCAGUUGAUCCAGCGGCAAGUUCUUAGGACAUUCUUUAUUGUCAAGUAAAUGUCACACUAUGUUCCUCAUGUUAUCUCUUGUGACACCGUUUUCAUUUACCAUAGAGGGAGCUGGUUGUGUGGCACUUUUUUUGCAAUUACUCGUUUGUAUUAAUGACUAUAUGGAAUGACUAUUAAAUGAUGAGGGCCACAAUAUAGACUUCCCAUGCCUUUUAAGCUCUUGCAUGUGCAGCUGCUUGGGUAGUUUUGAGGCAGAGUACUUUUGCAGUUUCUUUUAACUGAGUAUGGUCAACCUGUCAAAUCACAGCGAUGUAAUUUGUCAUUCUCUACCUACAAAUACGGCGACUGGGAGGAUGAGAGCGCUUGAAAAAGUGAAUGCCUCUUUGACCUGUAGUUUUAUUUCUCUGCUCUUGCAGAGCUCGCAAGUUGGUCUCUUUGCACGAAUUUCUAUGGCAGCCUGAAACGAACUGUUUGGCAAGUUUGUGGGUAACAGUCCGUCUCAUCAAUACAAAGAAGAAGAUGCACAUUACACCAGCAUUAAUGUAAUGUAUGCGUAUACCUUAUGUGUUUGUGUGUAUUCUUUUUAUUAACCAAGAUUUUUAUGUGUUAGUGAGUGAUAAUCCGGUUCACUGUGCUGUGAUCUCAGACUGCGCGGGUUGUCUGUUCUUUCAUGCUUAUGGCUUGAGGCACUGCAUGUUUGUCUACUUGACGUGCUCACGAAUGAUUUCAGACACGGUGAGACGGGGAUCUCGCAAUUUGAAAACCAGAGUUCGGGGAAGUGUUUUUUUGUUUCUCCACGCCUUCAUUUAUCAAAGCCUGACAUUGUGUUCUAGGCAUUCCCGGUGACUUUUAUGCUGUACAAACAUUUAUUGUUUCGGCUCUGUGUUCGGUGGGAAAUGAUGCUGCAGCUAAUAGAUAAUUGAUGAUUCCUUUUGCCUCUGAUGCACUUAGCUUCGAUAUAUUCUUGGAGUUGUGGCCAUUUGUUUUCACUCACAUCAUCAUUGUCACGCAACUUGUCUCUGCCGAGUAGGUAUGCACCAAACUGGUAGCUCAAGGUUCGCUCGCUAGCUGCCAGGGGCUGUUUCCUAAGCUCGUAGCACGGCAGCUAUCGGGUUCACUGCGUACCAUGUCCCCGAUAAUUUCACAUUUGUUUUGAUUCCUUCGCAUCACGCUACCAUUUGUAGCGUUGCCGAAGCGUGAACAAUUACUAUAGCACGAGACCACUGUCAUAGCAGGCAUAAAGUGAGUGUGGCCCUUUUUACUCACGUACCAUUCAUCAAGCACUGUUCACUCCCUAUUCAUUUUAUUUUACUUUGUGUUUUUUAGUAAUUGCACUUAUUGUAUAUAAGUUUUCAGCAAUACCGUGAGAUAUCUGAAUGUCUUCACCUCUUUCCUUGCUGUGUAACAUAGUGAGCUAAGGGCACCGCAGUGGAAGCUCAUUUUGAGUGCACGCCGAAUGGUUUUGCCAGCAGAUGCUGACAGCCUGUGAGAACGUUCUUGGUGGCCUGGUUUAUUGCCGGCAGUGUUUUAACAUCUCAUUGUCGUUGGGUGUGUCGGCUGUAUUGGACACUCGAAGCAUUGUAUUGUCCAGUUUUGCGCUUCAUUUCCGCAAGGCACUGUUCCAUGUUGCUGGGUGUGUUUGCCCAGAAGUGAAAGUACAUUGCUGGAAUGACCUUUUGAGAACAAAGAAGAAGCUCAUUUGUGACACUUCAAAAAGGACAAAAAAAAGAAAAUGUGUGUUGCACGGAGCGAUUCAGCCGCAGUAUUCUUGCUGUUCCCUGCUAUGAACAGGGGGACAGUGUGAUUCAUGUGUGCAUCGACAAGUUCUGUGUUGCACAUACUUGAGUCAGCCUGCUUGUCAAGCAUGGGAAGGAAAACGGAACGUCUACUUUCCUUUAUGAGCUUUAUGAACUCCUUUACAAGCAUAUAUAAGUGAUGAGAUAAUACAAGCUGGGGGAACAUGUUAACAAGUUCUCUGAUGUACAUGUCCAAACAAACCUGCCUGUUGAACCCCUUCAAGAAAAAAAAAACAUAGACUAUCAUGUUGUUCCCUCCCAGUGUUAGCUCGAACGUCAUCACUGUAAUGUAAUGAAUCAAAAGCUUGAAUAUUUAAAAGUUUUACGUUUAAUGCAACGUGAGCUGGCAGACGAUGUUACUUGCCUGCUGAGUCUUUCACCGAUUUUUAUGCACUAUAACCAUCCAAAGCAUGCGUGCCAAAGGCAGCCAAUCAUUUUAGGGCAGAAACGUCAUUCAUUCUUCUCAAUGUUGUGCAAUCUUUUUGGGUGUCGUGUGAAUAUAAAUGGUGUGUAAUCCUUUCCACUGCACCUAGACGAUGUAGCUGCUGCCGUGAGUAUGGACGAGAAUAAUUGUCCUCUGGACCUGAACCUAGCUGCAGGUCAGAUUGGAGAGUUCCUGACAAAAAUUACCUGAGAGAACUAUGGUGCUGUUACUUUGUUACUAUACCAUAAAAAUGGCAUCUUAUGGUGCGUGCAAAAUCUAUAUUAUGCAUUAUCUUUCCAAGUUUUUAGGCAGUCAUAUGUUAUUUUAAGCGUGUGAACACAAGUUUCGUUGCAUACGCGUUAAUGACUGCAAAUGGUUGCAUUUGGGAUACAACAUUUUGUUCGGUAUGAUUUAUUUUCAAGGCUACAUACAGAGCAAAUCGAUGCCGAAAGGAUGAAGCCUGGGCAAGUUCGUGUUAUUAUCCGUCAUGCACUUUCUAACAACUCCCACAGACCAGAGUUCUCUCUAGUAAUUUUUACAGGAAACUCUGUGCAUCAGGUAGCUGAGUCAGCACUAGCAUGUGACACAUUUUCGAAUGCUUUAGCAUUAAUGACAUUACACAAAGAAAGUUUGUAUCUCUAUACAGUGUUGAUCAUCACUAGUGCUAAAAGAUUGUUUUACGAGUGAUGUUUGAAAGUAGUUCACUGUAGUAAGUUGACCUUAUAGGAUCCCCUUGCACAUAUGUAUACGUGGUUGUGAAGCACACAUGCUAUUUAAAUCCAAUUUCAGCUUUUCACAUCCCGGUGAGCUUUACUUUUUUUAUUUUUGUCAGGUUCGGUUCUGAAAUGUUAAGGUCUGUAUGUGUGUGUUCAUUUUCACAGCGUCCCUAUCGAAAAAAAGAAAGCAGUAUGUAUGUGCCACAUCCAAUAAUUCCAUGUGACCACGUGGAGUUCCCAUACGAAAACCCAAAUGUUUCUGUACAUUGUGUGGAGCAAGUUCCAUAUGAUCCCCAUUUAUUAGCACUUAGGAAUCUCAUACCAGUUGAAUGUAUGAGGUUCCUACAUUCCCGUAUGCAUAUUCACACGUGCAUGGGAAUGUAGGAAUCUCGUAUGAAAUCCUAUACAUUCCCAUGCAUAUGUAACAUAGGGCAAGUCUCGUAUGACAUAUGGAAACAUGCCGGUUUUUGUGUGUUCAUGUGGGGUUGUUGGAUGGGGAGCUCGUGGAUAUUUUUCGACAGGAAUAGUUACAACCCACCUAUUAUAGGGGCAGGAAAAAGAGGAUGCUUGUAUAGUAGGAAAGUUUUUUUCCUAACAUCUACUCUACUUGAUUGCUCAGAAUGAUAUAUUGGGCAAGUUAUCUUGCUUACAAGCUGGUUGUUGCAGUGGAAGGUCUAUUGUGAGUGAUCUUCUGUCACUCUUUUUUUUUUCUUUUUGCAAAGUUUAGGCCGUUUGUUAUUAAUACUUUCUCUUUAACCUCAAUCUAUUUUUUGUGGCUUCUUAAAAGAAGUUUGGUUGCUGAGGUAUAUUAUAGGCGUCUCAUACACUACUGGACACUCAAAGAGAGGCUGUGAGAAAAAACUGUUCUCGGUGAAUUUUUUGCUCAUUACAUGAUAGAAUAUUUAUGCAUUCGACUUUUGUUUGUGUGACUAACGUUUUUGUUUUUAUACUGUUACUCCACGUUGCAAAUAUUUGAAACACACCCACAGAGCUAAAUUUUCUCCGCCAAGUCUUUUGUAAAGAGGAUUUUGGUGAGGAAAUCGUCCUAAAAAUGUUGAACCAAUUUUUUUUAUGCUGUUGACUUUCAAGGCAAAAAAACAGUAACCUGUGAUACCUGACCUGCCAGGGGGGUGGAGGGGUGGCAAUCAUGAUUUUAGACUGUCAAGCUCCUGGCAACUUCUCCUAAACUUUUUGUUUAGAAACCUUUUCUCCCUAAAUAUUGCUUUUUCUUCGUUCUAUGUGUGAUAUAUGUGAAGGCAGUGCAGCCAGUAUUACAAAGGAGUAGUGACACGAAUUUUCGAAGUUGUGAAAACAGUAUCCCGUGCAUCUGGCAAAAAAAAAAAUUGUGCAAGUACGAAGUUUGUGAAAUGGGGGACACAUUCAUUUGAUAAUAAAGCUAGUCUCAAAAUGCCAGACCCCUGGUGUUAUUGGCACUUAACAUACACGAAGUAAAAUUUUUCAUGUUAUGUAGCGAUGAAGCUAGGCAUUUUGAUGUCACUCGUGAAAAAAAUAGAAGUGCUCAGUGUUUUUCUUCUUGCUUUGGUUGCGUGUUGCAGCUGCAUUAAUUGCUGAAGUGGAGCAAGAGCUAUUAAAUUUGCUGGUUUCUGAAACCUAAGUGGGUUCAUAGAAAAAAGUAUUUUAUAAAAUUUUCUAGGCCGCUGCUAUCCUUCCCAACAUUUUUUCCAGAGUUUGGAGAGCAUGGAAUUCAAUGCACGCUAGAAAAAUUACGAGUCGAAAAUGCUGUGCCACUACUCCUUUAAAAAGACGAUGCUGAAAAUAUGCUUGCCUGAACCUAUGUGUUUUAAUUUCUUAUGUUUGUAGUUAAAAUCUCUUUUCUAUUAUUUUGUAAUGGUUGUGUGUAGUCAAGAGAAUGAAUUCAUAGAGAAAAUUGUCAAAAUUUUUUACUGUUUGUGUUUUUAUGCGGUAUGUGAGCAGUUCGCUCUCUGUCUAGUCGUGGUCAUUGUUUUACAGAAGCGAGUCGACAUUGCUGCCUUUAUUUACAUAAUCCUCAAUUUGUCACUUAUCUCAUUCAAGGCGUGCCUGUUUUAUGGUAAUCUUUUAUUUAUAUUUGGUAUCUCCAUCCAUGCCUUUUAUGAAUGGUGGUGGUUGAUCAUUGUUCUGUACAUGUUGCAAAAUAAAAUUCACUUUCUUUACACAA